AUGGAUGCUCUGUUCUCUACGGAGCACACUCAAACAACUGCCCCAGAACCACUUUCUCCUCCUGCCAGCCUAUACAACGAAGAUGUCGCAGAACGAAAUAUGACCCGCUUUCUACGGAUCCAAUACCGGAAUGGACUUGCUAGCUCGGGUAUACUUUCGGCUUUAUACCAAGAGGAUGUGGCCGACAGAAAUAUUGCGAAAUAUAGCAGCCCUGGCCGCUCUUUGUCUCAUUUAAGUUCUCGGUCAUCUCCAGCUGCGCCUGGUAGAGUACGGAUUCCAGAAAGCCAACGGCGCAAAGCCAGGAAGCGGGAUCCAGGGAAGCCUACCUGGGCGUCAGCAGAUAAUCUACGGACAAAGCUCUCCCCAGAUGAUGGCUCGGGCACUUCGUCUCCACGAUCACAGUCCCUCCGACCCCAGCGAUCUGCGCCGAGUCUGUCAGCGGACGAAGACUUUGUCCCACAAGAAGAUGCACCCCCAACUCCUGUCCAGCGCUUGGGUGUUCCUCCUGCAUAUAAACAAGGAAGAAGGUGGAGCAACACUCCUCUGCCUGAUAGCCCUACAAUCCCUAUCCCCAUGGGCGAUAGUGAUGGCGCCGAGGCUCCUUCGGUGCCACGGCCACCUGCUACAAUAGCUCGCAGCACACAAAGAUCACUCCCUCCGCCACAGCUAUCAGAGCCAGGCUCCAAAAAGAAUGCGCGGGGUCUCUCGAUCAAUACGCAGUUAGCUGCCAAAGGACGCCCCAAAAUUGCACACCGUGCCAUUCAGCCACCUACACCAUCAACCGGCGAAUUGAAGCGGGCUCCCAACAUCGCAGAAGUGAUGAACAGUCCUCUCCCAGUCUCCACCCCAAUCAGUCCUCCCAAAUCAUCACGCUUCAAAGCCUCCGACAUGAUGGACUUUUUCAGCAAGGCUUACAAUUCUCUCCAAGGCUCGCACCCAACUUGCGAGACGUUGCAGGACGCCAUAGUCCGCGAGGUCAAUUCCCAUGAGGCAUUCCGUCGCGUCCCCGUGCCUGCCCCAGGGCCUCCAUUCACACCCGCCGCAGACCAAGACGAGUUCAGCAACGACUACAGAUCAGCAAGCGCACUCCACCGAAGCCCCUCAGCGAAAAGCCGACUCAUGAACAAGAGUUCAUCCAAGCACAAGAGCAACCCAGAAACCCGUCGUAGCAUCUCAACCAGCGUCGGCUACGACCGCCUCCUACGGAAAGUCUCCAGCUCCCCCGCUCGCCGUCGACACACCGACGCCCCAGCCCCAACCCCAGGCUUCCUGGCCGAAUUCCAACCUCACGAAGAGCCCAUAAUCACCCGCCCCGGAUCCGGAGAGCCAAUCACGUACCUGGACGUACUGCACGCAAGCAGUGAACAACGACCCAUCUCAACCGGCCCCUAUGCAAGCCCUUCCGUAUCUCGCAAACGAGCACGCUCGGAAUCUACAGGAAACCUCGCCACCAUGGCCUGCUCGGGCCCUGAUGUGCUGCCGCCUUUGGCCCCCGGCACAGUCUACUGCAUGCAGGCUCACUCGGCUCCUUCGACUGAUUCCUCGCAAGAAGACAGCGACGAUGAUAUCAUUCACCUCCCUAGCCCGAAUCCACCGCCGCGCGUGCAGAUCGAAGGCGUCGACGAGAAUAACAUCCGCUAUGUCAUCGAUGCUGCCUCGCCUGACGAGGCACAGAAACUCAUGUACUGGCCUCAGCAGGUUCGUCGUGGUGCUUCCUCCAACCCUUACGGGAAUAGUUUGUCGCCGUUGUCUCGUGCUCGCAUGCAGCUGCGUGGUUCGCGCUCAGUUGAGACUUACUAG